AUGGGCCACCGGGAAGUGGAUGGACGUCGCGUGGCCUUCGUGACCUGGGGAUCGGUCGAGGCGCCGGUCGCCGUGAUCUUCCUUCAUGGGUUCGGUGGAGACAGGCAUCAAUUCGCGCACCAGGCGCAAGCUGCAGCCGAUGCCGGUGCCGAGAGUCUCGCUGUGGAUCUGACCAGCUUGACCGAGGGAGGAUCCUUCCGAGAAAUCUGGGUCGAGAAGUCCGUCCGCUCGGCCCAGCGCCGGAAUGUCCUGCAGGUGGUGGACCACGCCUCUUGGUUUGCUCGCGGCAGGCCGUUCGUCCUCGUGGGCCACAGCGCCGGCGGCGGUAUCGCACUCGAGAGUGCGGUGGAGCUGCAGCAAUCCGGAAAAGCUCCUCUGGCGGUUCUCCUGCUGGAUGGAGUGGGAUGGCCAGCAACCGAUGAAGUGGCGAGCAAGUUCAAUGCAGUGGACACCCGCCUGCUUUCUAUCAGAGCAGAGCCCUCUGCUUGGAAUAAGAACGGAUGCGUCGCGGAGACGGUGCGCUGCAUCCUCGCUGCUGGGGUACCCCACGGCCACUUGCUAGAUGUGAAGGUGCAUGGAGCCAAGCAUGGAGAUCCGAUCGCACUGAAGGGCUGGAUGUAUGGCCUCUUGGGGUUGAUAGGCAGCUCCGAGGCCCGAGAUGUACUGGACCGAUUGGUGAAAGCCUUCCUGUGCCAACUAGUACGUCUCCAUGAUGCAGCGGCGCGUGAUUCUGGUGAAGCCGCUUCGAGAGCUUUUCUGGCAGAGCUGCAGGAGUUGCAGGAGUCUGGGAGCUGCUCUGUGAUCGAUCUGGCGCCGGCAGAGCCUGGCUAG